AUGACCAAUAAGAAAGGGCAACAGGAAAUGGUUCAAGUUGACAAUUCUGAACGUGCAGAGUCUCCUUUCUGGUCUAGCCGAUCCGUAUCCCUGAAUCAGUCAUCCUCGAAGCUUUAUGGUCAGAACACCGUGGUUGGGGCUUCAUACUCCCAUGCCAAUAUUCUACAGUCAGUCUUCCCUGUCUACAAAGGCACAUCGUCCCACUCCCGCCCCAGAACGCCCCCGAAGCCGUCCGCCACCAAUGCGCCCUCGCAUUUAGCUCACCGAUCUGGAAACGUCGCCUCCCCUCCACGAGCACCAUACGCCAUCAUGACCUCGGGUGUGGAUGAGUGGAGUCAUGAUCCAACUGAAGACGAUGAAGAUGAUAAUGACGAAAUUGUGUAUGAUGAUGAUGAGGACGAAUUUGGGCUUCCAAGCCUGGCAAGCAUGCGAAGGAAGAAGGGAUCGUCUUCCAAAAAAUCCAAGAAUAUAACUCCCAGUGGGAGUAUAGGAGGGAAUCCUGGUUCCCUUGGAUUCGGACUCUCAUCUAGCAACCGGCAACGAGCAAACAGUGCAGACAUAGCCGAGGAACGGGGCACCCCCAUGUAUCCCACAGCGCGAAAGAGUGAGGGGAAGAUUCUCCGUCCGCAGUAUAAAGAUAUCCUGCAAGAUCCUGCAAACGCGUUGAAUCUUAUCAGUCACACCGCGCCACCUACGAAUGCGUCUCCCAAAGAAAGGGAAAUCCAUUCGAGUCGUAUAUCACGGAUAAAUAAGUUCAAGCGCAUUCUCCAGGCCAGCACUGUCUCUCUCACUGAACUUCGGGACUUGGCCUGGUCUGGAGUGCCAGAGGAAGUCCGGCCCAUGACGUGGAAGCUUUUACUUGGUUAUCUACCUCCGAACAGUGAAAGACGAAUCUCUACACUGGAGCGCAAACGCAAAGAAUAUCUGGAUGGAGUCAGACAGGCAUUCGAACGCGGAAGUGGGGCGGCUUCAAAUCCACCAGCUUCGAGCACGGGGCGUGGCAGAGGUCUGGAUGAGGCAGUAUGGCAUCAGAUCAGUAUUGAUGUGCCACGAACAAGUCCUCAUAUUCCACUAUAUGGGUACGAGGCGACACAGCGAUCCUUGGAGCGCAUCCUGUAUGUGUGGGCUAUUCGUCAUCCAGCCAGUGGUUACGUUCAAGGUAUCAAUGACUUGGUGACGCCAUUCUGGCAAGUUUUCUUGGGAGAAUACAUCACAGAUCUCAAUGUUGAAGAGGGCAUGGAUCCGGGCCAGUUACCCCGUAGUGUGCUGGAUGCGGUCGAAGCAGAUACAUUCUGGUGUCUGACCAAGCUCCUGGAUGGAAUUCAGGACAACUAUAUCUAUGCACAACCAGGUAUUCAUCGACAAGUUCGUGCACUGCGUGACUUGACAAAGCGCAUUGACUCGGCCCUGGCCAAACACCUCGAACAAGAGGGCGUCGAAUUCAUGCAGUUCAGUUUUCGUUGGAUGAAUUGUUUACUCAUGCGGGAAAUGAACAUCAGGAACACAAUACGCAUGUGGGAUACAUACAUGGCCGAGGAGCAGGGCUUCUCACGAUUCCAUCUUUACGUAUGUGCUGCUUUCCUAGUCAAAUGGACGGACCAAUUGGUCAAGAUGGACUUCCAGGAGGUGAUGAUGUUCCUCCAAGCACUACCAACGAAAGAUUGGACUGAAAAAGACAUCGAGCUCUUAUUGAGCGAAGCCUUCAUCUGGCAAAGUCUGUUCCAAGAUUCUGCCGCUCAUCUUCGACCAGCUGGCGACUUGCCUCCUGAAAAUGGUAUCUUUUAUUGA